AUGACUGUGGCAGAGUAUGCUGCGAAGUUUGAGGCGCUAGUGAAGUUUUGUCCCCAUUACAACCAUGUUGAUGCUGAGACUUCUAAAUGUCUCAAGUUUGAGAAUGGGCUGAGACCAAAGAUCAAACAAGGUAUUGGAUACCAACAAAUUCGUAGGUAUGUUGAACUGGUGAAUAAGAGUAGAAUCUAUGAUGAGGAUAGUAGAAGCCGGUCUGCUUACUAUAAGAGUAUUAGUGAGAAGAAAGGGAAUGGAAAAUUUAGAGGGAAGCCUUAUGUAACUCCAGUUGACAAAGGGAAGCAGAAGGCUUCAGAUGGGAAGAAGACAAGUGGGGAAGGGGAUCCCGCUUCUGUCAAGUGCUUCAAGAGUGGCGGGUUGGGCCACCGUGCUAAUGAAUGUAACAAUAAGGUUCUGAGAUGUUACAAUUGUGGAAAAACGGGUCACCGUGUUGCAGAGUGCAAGAAUGAUGGUCCGACUUGUUAUAAUUAUGGUGAACAGGGUCAUAUCAGUACACAAUGUCAGAAGCCAAAGAAGACGGUCGCUACUGUUGCCCAGAUUAAUGGUAGAGUGUUUACCUUGAGUGGUUCAGAGGUUCCCAAGACAGAUAACUUGAUCAAAGGUACUUAUUUCAUUAAGAACGUUAAGUUAACUACUAUUAUUGAUACUGGUGUUACUCAUUCGUUUAUUUCUCUUGAGUGUGUUAUGGGGUUGGGUUUAAAAUUAUCUCCUUUGGUUGGGAGUAUGGUUAUCGAUACCCCGACUAAUGGUUCGGUGACUACUGCAUUGGUCUGUUCGAGUUUUCCUUUCACCAUUUAUGGUAAGAAUUUUGUGAUGGACUUGGUUUGUCUACCUUUGCAUCAAAUCAAUAUUAUUCUUGGAAUGAAUUGGUUAGAGUUCAACUAUGUUCAUAUCAACUGCUACAGCAAAACCAUGAGGUUCCCAGAGUUUGGUGAUUGUGGAGAGUUGAUGUUUUUAUUUGCUAAGCAAGUAGAAGAACUCUUAGAAGAUGAGGCUCAUAUGUUUGCAAUGUUUUCAUCAUUGCAAGUCGACAAUAAGGCUGCAAGUGUUGAUCUGCCUAUUGUGUGCAAUUUACCAGAUGUAUUUCCAAAUGAUAUUAGUGACUUGCCACCAGAGCGUGAGAUUUAG